AUGUUGGUUCAAGAACUUCUCAAGAAUAAAAAUUUUUCAAUUUCAACAUCUUCACAAACAAUGGAUGCUGCUGCUCACAACUGUGCCUUCACUCUCCUCAGCCCCGCCACCGCACCCGAUCUUCAGGCCAGCAGCUCACCCCAUCCCUCUCCCAGGCCAGUCCCUGGCUCUAAGCAGUGCAGUCUCCUCCUUUGCUUGUCUUCUGCAGCCCUGCAGGCCUACAAUCACCCUCUCUCUGCCUGCACAAUCUCUGACCAGGUAUAUGCAAAUAUGCCUAGGUUCCCUGCCAAUGGUCCUCGCGCCGCGGCGCAUUUUCACAAUCUCAUUGUCAAUGGGAGAUGA